AUGCGGUUUGGGUGGAGGGUGGGGCCAGACUGCCCUUUGGCCGGGGGGCGGGACGAAGAAGGGGCGGGGAAGGAGCCGGGAGGGGAGGUCGCCAUCCGUCCUGCAGCCCUGGCCCCCUCGGGGCUCCCGGCCCGCUGCUGGGCCCUGGUAGCCCGGGGGCGACGGGGCUUGGCAGAGGGGGUGGCCCAUGCCACCUGCCCGGAGACCCCCACGGCCCAGUCUGCAGGCCGGGCCCACUCCAGCGCCACCCUCUACGUGCACUGGCCGUUUUGCGAGAAGCGCUGCAGUUACUGCAACUUCAACAAGUACAUCCCGCGGGGUGUGGAUGAGGCGGCCAUGAGGGGCUGUCUGGUCAGGGAGGCCCAGACCCUACUCCGCCUCAGCCAGGUCAAGAGGGUCACCUCGGUGUUCUUCGGAGGGGGCACCCCCAGUCUGGCCAGUCCACACACUGUGUCCGCCGUCCUGGAAGCGGUGUCCCGGGCCGCUCACGUGCCGGCCGACGCAGAGGUCACUCUGGAAGCGAACCCCACCUCCGCCGCAGCCUCGCGACUGGAGGCCUUCCGGGCCUCGGGGGUGAACCGGCUGUCUGUUGGCGUCCAGUCGUUGGACGACGCCGAGCUGCGGCUCCUGGGGAGGACCCACACGGCCGCCGAAGCCCUGCAGACCCUGGAGGAGGCCCGGAGGCUGUUCCCCGGCCGCACAUCGCUGGACUUGAUGUUCGGACUUCCAGAACAGACAGUGGUGGCCUGGCAGCGGCAGCUGACACACCUGCUCCAGUGCUGUGAUGACCACCUCUCCCUCUACCAGCUCUCCCUGGAGCGGGGCACUGCCCUUUUCCGCCAGGUGCAGCGAGGUGACCUGCCGGCCCCAGCCCCCGAAGUCAGCGCCGAGAUGUACCAGACAGCCCGGGAGGCCCUACAGGAGGCGAAAUUCCGCCAGUAUGAAGUCUCCAAUUUUGCCAGGAAUGGUGCUCUGAGUAGUCACAAUUGGGCCUACUGGCAGGGUGGUCAGUACAUCGGAGUCGGUCCGGGGGCCCACGGCCGGUUUGUUCCUCAGGGGGCGGGGCGGGACCGCAGGGAGGCUCGGAUCCAGACCCUGGAGCCCGACAACUGGAUGAGAGAGGUGCUGGCGUUUGGUCAUGGCACCCGGAAACGUGUGCCCCUCAGCAAGUUGGAGCUGUUGGAGGAAGUUUUGUUUUUGGGGCUGCGCACAGAUGUGGGACUCACUCACCAGCACUGGCUGCGCUUUGAUCCCCAGUUAACCCUAUGGGAUGCUUUUGGAGCUUGCGAAGAAGUGAAACAGAUGCAGGCCCAGGGGCUGCUGAUCCUGGAUGAAAGGGGGUUGAGGUGUUCCUGGGAAGGCCUGGCUGUGCUGGAUUCUCUGCUGCUGCCUCUCCUCGAUCAGCUCCAGCAAUCCUGGGGCCAGGGCCCAGACCACCCCAGUGUGGGGCUCAAGAGUGAGGCAUAGCCUUCCGAAAUUCAAUUCCCUCUGGGGAGGGGCCUGGCUGUUUAUGCCACGUCUCUUCAGAAGCAGGGUGGUGGUGAGAGUGAGAGAAGAUGCUGAGGGCUCUCCUCCCCGAGGCCUAAGGCCUGUGCUUUGGGGGCAAUCCCAGCCCGGAGCGAGUCGGGCCCAUGCAUUGUUUGGAGGGCCUGAGUGGGCAUGGCUGGCCAAACUUGUAGCAACACAGGCCAAUGCAGCUGUGUGUUUAAUGCUCCAGUGAUGCCACAAGGCAUGGGCAUUGUCUGUUUUCUGUUCCUGGGCCCUGCCGUUUGGCUGGAGGCUUGUGGUGGUCUGCAACUCAGCAGGGACGGCUGAGGGCAUUGCUACUCCAGGCCAAAGUGCGGGCUUCGGAGAGGCCCAACUGAACCAGUUUGAUUAUUGGCACCAUCAGAAAUGGCAGUGAAAAUCCAAACCUCUUUGGCUGCCAGGGAAGAGUGGGAACAAGUAGAAUCUACCAGUGGAUUUGCCUUGUGGGCGGCAGGGUCUUUUUUCCAUUCUGCCUGCACCGAGAGAUUGAUCCAUGAGAAGAGUGGUGGAUUCUAUAUCCUGCUCAGCCUGGGGUUUCUCCUGCUUCUCGGCAUUUUGUUUAAUGAGUUGGGUGCCCCUAAGCGUCGAGCCACCCCUCUCCACUUUCAUGGGGUGUCAUCAGACAAACUCAUCCCUGCUCCCCCUCUCCCCAUCCCAGGUCUUGUGCAUCCAUUGUUAUGUCCAUUCCCUGGCUUCUGGGAUCCUGGCCAGAACCAAGAGAUAUUCAUCUCCCCAGCUCACCUGCGUGCAAGGGGGUGUUUGCUUCUGGGCUGAGUAUUAGCCCUGGGGGCCCUCGGGCCUCUUGGCGGGUGGUCUCGGGGGCCUGGGCAGGCCUGGGACUUGGGAGGGUGGGAGUAGGGCUGGUGGAGCGACAUGUGUUUUGUUGAAAGGGGGUUGUUUGGUGUCUGGAAAGUGUAACGCCUCUGCCAUCCGCUGUCCCUGGCCGCUGUUGGGGGUAAAUAAAGAUGUUGAGCAAUAAUUUA